AUGCUCCUCACCAGGGUGGUCACAGAGGCAUUGUCAGCCCACGGUCUGCAGCUGCUACAGGCUGACAUCAGGUGUAAGAUGUUAGCAUUUGUCUACCGCGUUACACGUGGCACAUCCAUGGGCACCACCAACCUUCUGAGCAUGAUCCAGGCCAUCGCGAUCAGCCCCAGCCACCCCUCCCGGGCCCAGCUCAAUGCCCAGUUGGCCAAGCAUGUCUUCCCGGCAUGUGUCAUCAUCAGGUUCAUCAACGUGCUCGUGGAAGCCAACCUCCUCAUGAGGAUGGUUUCAUCCCCCAACGUGACCAGCAGAGAACAGGUUCCAGAACAACUACUGCCUGGGCUCAUGGGACGCUCCAGCGGCUACAUUGUCCACCUACUGCUCUGCCACAGCUGGAGGGUCCGCCAUCUCCAUGGCCACUGCCUGACUCCCAGGACCUCGCCGUUGACUCAGACCACCCAAUCCAUCCUGCUGCUAGUGAGCUGCUUUGUGGCCUUUUACUCUGGAGAUUUUGUCCUCUCUCUCUUCCUCGGAACAACCCGGAGAAACGAUCCCUUCCUCUUGGUGAUUUCACACUUUAUGUUCAGUGGUUACACGGCCGCCAGCCCAUUUGUGCUGCUCAACCAUCACGACCAGAUCACCAAAUUCCUGGGUUCUUUUUUAGGGAAAAAAUGA